AUGCUGAAGGAGGUCGGCUGCGGAGCGGGCGCGUCGGGCGCGUCGGGCGCGGCGGGCGGGGGCCCGGCCGCGGAGGGGCCCGGCAGCGCCCUGGGCUGCGGGGGCUGCGGCCGCGAGAUCUGCGAGCGGUGGUACCUGCGGGCGGCCGACCGCGCCUGGCACUGCGGCUGCCUGCGCUGCUGCCACUGCCGCCUGCCCCUGGCCGCCGAGCUGACUUGCUUCGCCCGGGACGGCAACAUCUACUGCAAGGAGGACUACUACCGGUUGUUCGCGGUGUCGCGGUGCGCGCGGUGCCGCGCCGGGAUCUCCGCCUCGGAGCUCGUCAUGAGGGCGAGGGACCUCGUCUACCACGUGGCCUGCUUCACGUGCGCCUCCUGCGGCACGCCCCUCAACAAGGGCGACCACUUUGGCCAGCGGGAGGGCCUCGUCUACUGCAGGCCGCACUACGAGCUCGUCUGCUGCGCCGCCGACUACGGGAGCGCCUCCGGAAGCGCCGAGGACUCGCUCAUCGGCUCGCCGGGGGUCUCGCCGGUGCCGGCCUACUACGGCGUCGCGGAGCAGAGCCCCCACGGCGGCCUGGGCGGCCUGGGCGCCCUGGGCGCCUUGGGCGUCCCGGGCGCCGCCGGGCCCGGCCAGGCGGCGCAGAAGGGGCGCCCUAGGAAGCGGAAGCUGUCCGAGGCGGCCGCGGGCUCCGACCUGCCCGUCACCAUGCGGCUGGCGGCCGGCGCGCUCGAGCUGCUCCACCCCAGCGAGCUGUCCUCGUCGAUGGAGUCCCUGAGCGCCUACGAGGCGUCCUCCGUCGGCUCCCCGGGCUCGGUGCACCAGAGCCAGCGGACGAAGCGCAUGCGGACCAGCUUCAAGCACCACCAGCUCCGGACGAUGAAGAGCUACUUCGCCAUCAACCAGAACCCCGACGCCAAGGACCUGAAGCAGCUGGCGCAAAAGACGGGGCUGUCGAAGCGCGUCCUCCAGGUUUGGUUCCAAAACGCCCGGGCCAAGUGGCGGCGCAACAUGCUGCGCCAGGAAGGCGGCGUCGGCAACUCGGGCAACGGCGCCGGGACGCCCGCCGCCUCGGGCGCCGACGGCUCGCCCCCGGUCGGGCCUGGCCCGGCUCACCUGGCCGACGGCAGCGGCCUGCCCCCGGCCUCCAUCGAGGAGCUGCACGCCCUGCGACACCUGCACCCCGGCCGCGUGACUUUCUCCGGCCUCUACUGA